AUGAAGAUGUCUGAAGCUGUUGGUUGGCUACGCCCGAAUCUCAUAGCAAGACUACAGGUGCUAACGUCCGGAUCCUCUGUGACAGCGUCAAGAACGGUGGAGCCUUCCAUAAAUUGGGAGCGUCUCGACCGGGCUUGCCUCCUCUUGCGAAACGGGCAAACCAGCGAGGAGAGGUCGAUGGUAGUGGUCCCCUACCCCAAUGCGCUGUUGAAGUUGCGGACUGCUGUCGUCGCUCCACAUGAAAUUUACAUGGUGCAUAAAGUUAAGGAAGAAUCGGCUAUACAUGCCUUUUGUGGAGUUAUGGUACGACCACACGAUACAUCAUAUGAGUAA